GUUUUAAACCACCGAGAGGUCGAAUUCUUCAGCCUUUUUUACGCAAUCCCUCUCCCAAGUACGAACGAGCUUUCACGCCAACCAUCCCAAAACCCUCCAAAUCAUCCCAAAUCAUCACCCAAGCUUGGAAUUCAUAUCUAGGAGUUUCAAAUCAUCAUCAACCAACACUUCUCAAGAGCUUCUUCUUCCACAAAUUCAAGGUAAAAAGGCUAAACCCAAAGUUUCUCCAUUUUCGAAUUUCUUGCUUCUUUCAUCGAUUUUUGGUGAAAUUCAUGUUUAUGAUUAUGGAAAGUUAAUCCUUUGUACUUAUAUGAUGAAUGUAAACAUGAUUCUUGUCAAAAAUUUGGAAUUAAAGUUGAGAAUUGGGGGAAGCUCUUGAAAAAAUUUCAUUUUUUAACCCUAGGUCCAAAUUUCCUAAUUAAUCUUAAAACUAUUACUACAAUUGAUGAUUAGAAUGGUACUGCCAUACUUGUGUUCAUACAUAUACAUUCUAAGCCUAAUUGUUGCAUAAAUUUGAGAUUAAUUUUGAAAUUUUGGGGAAAAUGUAUGAAAAAUUUAUACCUUGAAUAAUGAGUUGUGGGUGUGGUGUUUGUAUUUUCUUCUAACCAUGCAGGGAUGCCUCAAAAGCGGAAACAGAAUGAUGGUGCCUCGUCCUCUUCAAGUUCCAAAUCCCGUUUCACUUUUCGUGAAAAUGAGUAGUGGUACGAGACUAGGAAAAACUGGGCAAUUGUGGUAGAGAAGACCGUGGACCCUGUUCUUAACACUACUUUUGAACUGACGGAGGCCUUCAUGCGACUAGGGUGGGCUGGGAUGCUUACUCUGAAAGGGGCCUACUACCCCCAAUUGGUCCGAGAAUUCUACGCCAACAUAACUGAUAAGGACACGAGCUAUGCUGUCUUUCACACGUCUGUCAAAGGCAAAAGCAUCCAAGUUGAUCCAAGCCUUCUCUCACGCAUACUAGGAGUCACUGAUGAAGGGAACACCCUAGAAUACAGUCAGAAAGGGAUCAUCAGUGACAACACCUACGAUGAAGCUCAAACACGAGAACGGUAUAGGCUUCCAAAACUCCUCACCAAAACUCCAGAAAUCCCACUCCCCCGCCUCAUUCUCAAAAAUAUGAAAGUCGUAGUCUGCUCCAAGAGAGGUGAUAAGAAUUUAUGUUACCCUCUCUUACUUACCAUGAUUUCAAAGCAUUUUAAGGUGGACCUUAAGGGUGAGGAAGUUACUUACACUACUGACUCAAUGUCUUGGACAACAUUACCAUGGCCGCCCUGCAACAUAAAUUUGAGUAUGGGGAGUGUCAUUUCCCUGGACAAUUUUUUGCACACUUGCACGAUGAGGAGGAAGAGAGGAGAGCUCAAGAAGACAUAGCCAUGGAAGAUGAGCCGGAUGGCGUAGCCGUGCCCAACCCACAGGUGCCCCCACAGACUACCGAUCCCGCGUUAGCAUAUUUGAUCCAAUCCAUGGAUCGAAUGCAUACGCGGAUGGACACAUACGAGGCAAGACAACAUGACAUGUAUAACCGGCAAGAAGAGCUCUACACCCACUUUGACACUUUUGAGACACGCCAAGCGCGUAUGGAGGAGCAAUUGCAGGGGUAUGACCAAAGGUUUGGGACUUCACCCAACACUACUACAACCAAUAUGGGAACCCCCCUCCCGAUUCACACCGUUAAGUACACCUUUGUUGUUAGUUCAUAACAUUACUCUUCUCUAAACACACUUAAUAGUGGAUGUUAUUGGAAGUGUUUGUUUGUCAUGCAUCAUACAUUGGGACAAUGUAUUUUAAGUGUGGGGGUGCAUCUUAUGGGUAGUUAAACAAAUUUUUUGUGUGCAAAAAUAUUUUUACUUGUAGGAAGGUAAAAUUGUCAUAAUUCUCUUUUAAUGGGUAUUUGGUUGAGGAAGUUUUUUUUUUUUACAAAAAACUAUCAUUUUUUUAGAUUACUUCUUACUCUUGAAAAUCAUUCCCAAAAAGCACUCUUGUGACCAACAAAAACAAUCAUCUUCUUUCAUUUCCAAAAUGGUCAAAAUACAUCUCACCUAUUCAAAAAAAACCAUUCCGGAAAACAAGCCCACUCCAUGUCAAUCAAAUAAAUUGGCAUCAUCAAAUGACUUUCAGUAAACACUUGUUGAGAAACAUUUCAAAUGAAAAAAAAACUCAUGGUCUCUUCAAAGAAGUUCAACUGAUCCAUUCCAACCAGCUGAAAAGUCAAAAACGCCAAAAAGCCACCUCAUACACCCAAAAUACCGUUAGUCACACAAAUCACUCAUCAAUUCUCAAGAGUAUAAGUAGUUUCUAAAUCUAAAUGAUACUUUUUGUGCGAAAAAAAUGGUUUUUGGUCCGAGAAUGAUAAAAGAGUUUAUAUGUCACUUUUACCUCGCUUAAAGUUGAUUUAUUUUUGUAUAUAAAUCUUUGUUGAAAUUAACCUAAGCACCUAAAAGAGAAAGAAAUUGGUCGAGGACUAGCAACACUCAAGUGUGAGGGGAUUUGAUAAGUAUGAUAAUUACCUAUACUUUAUAUAGGUAAUUAUGAUUAUCUGUACGAAUAUUCAAAGCUGAAACAGGUAAAAAUCCCAAUUUGAGUAAAACCGCACAAAGAUGUCAAAAGAUGAAGAAACGGGUAUCAACAGUCAAAAGGGAUCGAGAACAGACACUUCGGGAUCAACUAAGGGCGUAAAAAAGAGCGAAAAAUGAAAUAUUGCACAACAAGGGAGAACCGGCGCCGCUUUACCCUCAUAACCGGCGCCGGUUGAUUUAAUUUGUUAUUUUCCAGAAACGCCGAAAGAAAACCGGUGCCGGUCCACCCUAUAACCAGCGCCAGUUAUGCCAAUUUUCUGUGUUUUUCCAGCGCCGAAAGAAGACCAGCGCCGGCCAGGCAUGAAACCGGCGCCGGUUAGGUCCGAUUCUGCACAAAACAAGGAGACGUGCAACAAUAUUUUGAUGGAAAAUACUCACCUUCCUCAUGAUCUGAUCAAAUAUAUCUUCCACGCCUGAUUAUUGGGCUCGAAUAGACUAAAAGAUGUCAAUCUUUAGCCUAUAUAAAGCCCUCAAUUCAUCAAACAAGAUCAUUCCAUUCCAUAGAUUAAUUCAUAGCUUUUAUAUUUUGUUCUUGCUAUAUUUCUUCAAAUUCUUUGGAGAAGAAGCUAUUUCUCUCCUCUACAAUUGGUUCUAGGUAAUUUUUCUUGUAUGUUAUUAUAUUUAUUUAGUCUUAGUUACACUUUUGUAAUUAAUAUGAGUAUUAGUAGCUAAAUUCUUAGCUAAGGCUAAGGAUGAACUUCUAUGUCCACUAGGUGUUUGAUAAAAGUUCUAAACCAAUAAAUUGUGAUUUAUGC